AAAGGUAAAAUCAUGUCAUCGCAUAACGUCUCUUCUACUACAUCUCACGCCGAGCCGUCUCAUGUAGGCUUAGAUAGAGUCUGUGCAGAUGAAGGUGAUCAAGCUCGCAGCUUGCUAUCCGCGCAGUCGAAAUCUCGUGUUUCGUCUUUGAGCGUGAAGGCGCGGAUGGCUGCUGCUGAAGCUGUCCACAAGCGUCGCCAGUAUGAACGUGAGGCCGCACUCGCACGACAUCUUGCGGAAGUCGAAGAUGCUGAAUACCGUGCCGAGCUGGAGCAAAUUAGUGCUGAAGCGGACUCCAAAGGUAGCAGGCGAAGUAGGAGCACCUCUACUCGUAUGACCAGAACGGAACAAUGGAGAACGUUGCGCGUUUACAAAAUGCGCUUCGUGGACCCGCACGAGAAGCCGUCGCUUCGCUUCUCGUCUCUGCAGAGGAUCCUGAAGAGAUCAUGUGCGCACUCGAACGAAGUUUUGCGUCACCAGAAAUGAUUGUUUUCAGUGAGGUACAAUUAUUGAAGUCGCUACCUCGAUUAGGUAACGAUCUUAAAGAGUUAAGUACUAUUGCUAAUAAGGUACGGAAUAGUCUUUCUACUAUAAAACUACUCAAUCAUAGUGAAUAUUUACAUUCACCAGAAUUAUUUCAUGUCAUUUUAGGAAAAUUGAACCCUAACACUAAAAUGAGAUGGAGUGAUUAUGCAUCAGAAUUUAGUAGGUCGAACCCACACCUUUCUAAGCUGGAAGUUUUUUCACAAUUUUUGACACGUGAACACGAGCGUCAUACUAACUUCGCUUUAUCUCCUGAAUUGGCUCUCUCUUUAGCAACACAACAAUUGCACGUAGGUCAAGUUGCUAAUAAACAAUUCAGACGUGAAAUUAUUCAUUCUACUUCUCACUCUAAAAUUAAAACAAAUUCUAAGAUAGGAUGUGUUUAUUGUAAAAAUAAUCAUAAC